AAAUUAAUAUCACAUCCAUUUAUCUUCACUGCUACGAGUGAAGUGAUAGCCUGCCACCUAUGUUUACUUAAUAGCUGACAUACCUUGACCACUCUUUUGACUUUUUUUCUCUAACUAAAGGAUUUCCUCAACAGAAUCAGCAGCUAAAUGAGAAUUGAGAUUCUAAUCACCACAGGACAUGUCUAAAUCAUGAUUUUAGAAGGAACUGGCAGAAUGAGUCUUAAUUCCGUCACAAGUCUUCUUCAUGAACAGUCGACCUGGACAGAAGGAUAUCCCACAUGUAAUGCAGCAUCAAGCAGUUUUUUUGGAACACAGUGGCAUGAAAUACAUCCUCAGUACUGGACAAAGUAUCAGGUCUGGGAAUGGCUCCAACAUCUUUUGGACACCAACCAGCUUGAUGCCAACUGUAUCCCAUUCCAGGAAUUUGACAUCAGUGGGGAUCAUCUGUGUAGCAUGACUUUGCAGGAUUUUACCCGGGCAGCUGGUUCUGCUGGACAACUUCUUUACAGCAACCUCCAUCAUCUAAAGUGGAAUGCUCAGUGUGGAAGUGAAGUGUAUCCAUCACACAAUGUCAUUGUUAAGACAGAACAAACAGAUCCAUCUUUAAUGACCUCUUGGAAAGAAGACAAUUAUUUCUACGAUAGUGGAUAUGGUGGCACAGUAGAGUUAGUGGACAGCAAAGCCUACUGUCGAGCACAGCUUUCUGUCAGCACUAGUGGUCACCAACCUAUAGAGGAGUCUUCAGAAGGGAAGAAAAUUUCACAAGAUCACCCUCCAAAAUCACACAACAAGAAACACACUCCUCGAGGAACUCACUUGUGGGAGUUUAUCAGAGACAUUCUCCUUCAUCCAGAGAAGAAUCCUGGGUUGAUAAAAUGGGAGGAUCGGUCAGAAGGCAUCUUCCGAUUCUUAAAAUCUGAGGCAGUGGCUCAGCUAUGGGGAAAGAAGAAGAACAACAGUAGCAUGACUUACGAGAAACUCAGCCGUGCCAUGAGAUACUAUUAUAAAAGAGAAAUUCUUGAGCGUGUAGAUGGACGGAGACUGGUAUAUAAAUUUGGGAAGAAUGCCCGUGGCUGGAGAGAAAAUGAAAACUAAACACAACUUUAAAAACAGCUAUAGAAAUAUUCACUCGCAGGAAAUCCUAUAGGAUGUAAAUAUUCUAAAGACUGUUUUCUUCUAUUUAUGUACAAAAAUUGGGGUCUGCAGAAAUUACGUCUAAUGGGAAGAAGGAACACUAUUGUUUGUUGAUGUUAUAACUAUUUUAUUUGAAAUAUGUCCUUUUAUGGAGAGUAUGUACACAGUUUUCUGUGACCUAUGAUAACACUGUAUGUAAAUGUAUAAGGAUGAGUUGCCUUUCUUGUAAAGAUUUUAAAGAAAAUGAAUUCCAAAAGAAAUGUGAUUUAGCAUAAUGCUGUGAGAGGCAUUUGCUAUAGUGGGAGCAAAUCACAGGGCAUUACUUUAUACUUAGGUAUAUCACUGCAUUUUAGAUAACUAGGGAUUUGGAGUAUCUGUCUCAGAAUUUUAUGAGAUAGGUCUUUCCAUUCAAAAUAUACAUCUUUUUUCAAAGGCUGUUGAGUAGUGAGACAUCAAUGGUUAAUUAAACCAAAGGCUGUUGAGUUAUGGCUUCAUUUUUUUCCUUGGGGUUUUUUGGUUUUUUUUGCCGUUCUUCUAGACAAUAUUAAUGUGGCCAUUUACAGUAGCCUGGACCUUUUUGUAGUCCUCCAUGUAAAGUUGGAUUUAUCAACUCAUUCCAUGCCCAAAUAAUUCUCUUUUGAAAUAAAUCCUAGAACAUGAAGAAUUAUGAAUAAAAACAGUGGAUGCUUUAUUUGUAGACCUCAAUAACUUUAGUUGAGCUUCGUAACCAACCUUGAAUGCUUGUGACUCAAAUCACAAAAUUUUAUGUGUCAGCAGCAUAAAACUGCCUUUCCUAACCUGGAAUCACCCAAGUUUUGGAACUACAAACAAUUAUGCAAACUGGACAUUCUGACAACUUAAUUCUAGUUCAUCUGCCAUGUUGAACAAUGCUAUCUCUAGUGUAUCAAGGAUAAUCAAAGUGACAAAACCUUCCUUAAAAAAAAAUCAACUGUAUGUCUAUAAAGACUGGCAGCAAAUAUCCACAUUUCUGACAGGAGUAAUUUUUGGUUCUAUCUGAUCAAACUGAACUUGAGAUUUUAUGUAUCCAAAGCAUUUGCUUAGUCACCGACCUAAUAUAUGUUUGGAUAUGAACAUAGAAGUCUGUGUGAUAAUGAAGCUGUACUUUGAGAUUAAGGGUUUUUUUCAUUACAUAAACCAAGUCCCUCCAUUCAGAAUGCUAAUAAUCUAAGAUUCUGUUUCAGUCUUUCUUCCCUUUCUCCCAGAUGCCUAGUUUUUAUUUCCUGGGAUGGUAUGGCACGGAAGAAUAUUUCGUCAUGUAAGUUCCUUCGUGUAAGUUAAAAUGAUUCAGUAUAAGCACUACCAGCCCAAGAAAUACAAUUAAAAAUGACUUCUUUACGCUCAUUAAAUUUCAGUUGUGAGACUGAAUCCAAACCGUCUGAAACUUAAAGUUUCUGUGUUCAACACCAGUUGAGUAUUUUUCAUAAAUAUAUCAAAAUCACUUGUGGAAUAGAGCUUGUGCUUUUUGCUAAUAAACGUUGGUAGCUGCUGUUUGAUGAAAAAUACUCCUAAACAAGGCAGAUAAAAAACACCUUCGCAACCAUAAUUCCUGCCAAAACUUUUAGCUAGCACACAUCCAUUAUAGCUAUGUUAUAUUUGAACUUUGCUUAAGGUGAGUGGAGGCAGUUAAUCUUAUUUAUAGGAGAAGCUGGUAACCAGGACAGCAGGUUUCAAAGUAAGCCUUUUCUGUUGACUGAAUAUUUACUGACUCACUGAAUGAGAUUUUUCUUCAGUUUCUCUCUGUUCUUUAUUUUUAAAUCAAUGAAUCUCCAUAAUCUAAUGAUCUUUUUGUGCAGAAAUAUCACAUCUGAUGUGUUGGAUUCGAUACAGCCUUUUGCUAUUGAGUCAAAACAGUGUUAUUGUAGAGUAUCUAUAAUGAUAUAGCUACUUUUUUCACAGGGCAAUCUAUAUUCUCUUAAAUAAGUUCUGUUGCCUUAUGUCUAAGAAUUUAGGUGCAAAAUUAUAGAGGGGAAUUUAAAAAAAUCAUGGUGUUGUUCUUCAACAAUAUGAGAAUUAAAACUGUAUCUAAGCUGCACACAAAGUGAAGAAUACAGACAGCAGUAUUAGUACAGAUUUCUCCAAGUUGGUGGCCUUCAGUGCAACCACAGGGAAAUAAAGAAAAGUUGACCACCUACUCAAAACCCUACCCCCUUUUUAUUUGCAUUGUGAUAUACAUAAAAAUUAGAAAUCA